UUUAUAUACGAUUUGAUCGAAAUGUUAACUCAUUUACAAUACAAAGGGUCCAAAGAAUUGGUUUUGCACCACAUUCUGAUAAUCUCGUGUUUCUCGUUGACAGUCACUCAACACAAGUACUGCGGUUACGCCUCUAUCGCCCUAUUGAUCGAAUUGAGUAAUAUAUUCCUCCACUUUCGGCAACUGUUGCUCAUCUCGAAUACAUCGAAAGGCUCGACAAUCUAUCGGACCAAUUGCUACACGAAUCUC